AUGGCAUUGCGAAGCUUCAAAGAUUCAAUCAAGGAUCAAGAUGCACAAUUGGUGCUGGAGGCUUACAAAAGAUAUCCAAGUGAAACGACUAGUCAAAAUGAGUCCAAAGACCAGCAUAACGAAAGCACUCCAGCACAUAAAACUAGGAGAUCAACAGAGGCUGAAGCUCCAGACAGUUUAGCACAGAGUACAAAUCAAUCCUCGCUCAGCUCUGAUACUCCACUCAAUUUGAGUCAAACUGUCGAUGGAGAUGAAGUGUUUGGAGAUAUCUUAAUUCUCGACUCGUCACCAAUGUCGGAAAAACUUCUCAACCAGAGUCAAUCGGAGGAUUUAGAGAUUGAUGCGAGACAUACUCUCAUAGCACUGCCUUUUCAAGAGAUUCUACCAAAAGAUGGCCAAAGUCUGAACAAUGUUGUGCCGCAGGGAACUGAAUCUCCUAUCGACACGCAACUAAUGUCCGGCAAUAAACUCGCUGCUCCUAAAGACAAAACAGCUUCACCGAAGGUCACCAGAGUUUCCAGGUUUUGGAGGAAGUCUCCAAGUUUAAUGAGCUUGCAGUUUAAUUUAUCCUCAGCCAAAGAUGUGUUGGAAAAAAUGUUAAAAGCAAUAGUCAACUUUAUGAAGCCAAAAAAUGAAAAAUUGUUGGAUAAGAUACACUUGAAAGAAAAAUCGCACAUCAAGCAUAUUGUCAAUGUCUUGCUUACUAUCGACGGACUGAAUUUAAUCAGAGCGUUGAAUACAAUUGACCUGAUAGCAUCCUUCUCGUAUGUUAGAUGUCUUGAUUCUAUCCAUAAAUCAAGCGGAUCGGGGUGGAAGGAUCUGCCAAUGGUUCAAAAAUUCGAAAAAUUUAUCAAUACAGAAUACACCUCCCUUGGUAUCGUGAAAAGGGUUAGCCGUCGAGAUUUGAUGAGAAUUCUCGGUAGCCUUGGUACUCGGGAGGGUUAUUUCCUUGUGUGCGCCUUAUCAUUCGAGUUCAAAACCCCUGAACAAACAGCAUUGGUUGAGGUUUUUGUGGAGAUCUGCGCUAUGGUACUCAAACAUGCCUCGAACCAAGCAAUUCCCGCCCAGGACCAGCAAAAUGCGUCCACAUCGGAAAAAGAAGUGGUAGCUAAGGUCUUUGGAUCACAGAUAGGCUCAUCAAUACUUAAUCUUCUCAAGGAUAGAUAUACUCACGAGGAUGUAAUGCUACUUCGUGUAUUGCUCACGAACGGCGAUCAGAAAGUGAAAAAGAAUAUACUCGCAGGUUUCUUAGGAUAUCACAGCUUUCCUACACGAAAACUCAUUUGUGAAAGUGACAUCCCCAUGACUGUGCAAGCAUUAGUCUCAGAGUUUGGUAGGGGUCUUAUUCGUGAGAUAUGUGUGCCCAAAAACACGAAGUUGGAGGGCCUCCAACCGAUAUCUCUCAUUGCAAAGUUUAAAAGUGCUGAAUCAAAGUGUCUUCAUCUUUAUAGUUUCUUCGAGGCAAGUUCAGAUAAGAGUCAAAUCGACUAUAGAACUAUUUUCCGGAUCCCUCGAACAGAUUUGAAUAGGCGAAAAGAAAAGAUUUCUGACUUCAAUCGCACUAUCAUGGAUAUGUAUUUGCGACGAAUCAAUCAUCAAUUCGCAAAAAUCGGUGGGAGUUGCUUUAACAGCGAGGAUUCAGCCAAAGUUCUCGACAACGUCAGUGAAACUUUGAGGAAUAUCUCUUUGGAAAUUGACGAUGGUAUUGAGUUAUUUCAUCCGCGCUUAUCGAAUUGUAUGUACCUGCUCGGUAAGGCUUGUGGAGACCAUAAAAUCGAGCUCCUUGAUCGGUUACAUCACGCAGAAAUCAUUGCUUUACAAUGCGUUAACUCCUUUGAGUAUCACAUCGCUCGCCUUGAAAGUCGACCUCCCCAAAUUGACAGCACAUGCAAUUCUUUCGAAGAAAUUUUGUCAAGUUUGAACUUGUUCUAUUCUUUCAUGAGAGUUUCCUUGGAGAAUUACUUACGCGAAGAACAGGAAAGCGCUCGGCUUAUGGCAGGAAGGAAUCAUGUUCGUCGAACAAAGAAGAAUCAUGAGCGGUGUCUUUAUCGAGGGGGCCCACAAUCCCGUAUCACUCUCCGGUAA